AUGCUGAUUCAAGGGUUAUUCCGUCCAUUAGAAAAGUUGACGAGCAGGUUUGGUGGUGGAGUGGGUUGUGGUUCAGUUGGGGUAUCGUAUUUAAUAUUUUCAAGAAGUUUAAUGAAGACACAUAAAGGAGCUGCCAAGAGGUGGAGGAAGACUGCCAAUAGUUUCAAGAGGGGGAAAGCAGGUAGAAGCCAUGGUAAUUCAGGUUGGAGUAAAAACUCGUUAAAAGUUUUAUCGGGUAGGGCAUUAGCUAAUGGAUCGCAGUUGAAUCGUCUAAAGAGACUGUUGCCUUACCAUUAG